CGAGUCGGCGGCGGGGGCCCGGGGUCGGUGCGCGACCCGAGCUGGCGGCGGUUUCCGGUUCCGCGGGGCUGGCGGGCGGGCGGGCGGCCGGGAGCGGCGGCGGCGGCGCCUGACAGACAAUGAGGGCGGCGGGGCGGCGCUGAGCGGCGGCGGCGGCGGGGACGGCGGCGAGCGACGCGGGGCCCGGGGGCGGGGCGGGGCGCCAGCCAUGGACAAUCAGUGCACUGUCCAGGUCAAGUUAGAGCUGGGACACCGCGCCCAACUGCGCAAGAAGCCCACCACGGAGGGGUUCACGCACGACUGGAUGGUGUUCGUCCGCGGCCCCGAGCAAUGUGAGAUCCAGCACUUCGUGGAGAAGGUGGUCUUCCGGCUGCAUGACAGCUUCCCCAAGCCCAAGCGCGUGUGCAAGGAGCCCCCCUACAAGGUGGAGGAGUCGGGUUACGCUGGCUUCAUCAUGCCCAUCGAGGUGUACUUCAAAAACAAGGAGGAGCCGAGGAAGGUUUGCUUCACCUAUGACCUGUUCCUCAACCUGGAGGGCAACCCGCCUGUCAACCACCUGCGCUGCGAGAAGCUCACCUUCAACAACCCCACGGUUGAGUUCCGGUACAAGCUCCUGCUGGCAGGCGGGGUGAUGGUAAUGCCCGAAGGAGCAGAAACGGUGUCCAGGCCCAGCCCUGACUACCCCAUGUUACCCACAAUUCCACUCUCUGCCUUCUCUGACCCCAAGAAGACCAAACCGCCCCACGGCUCCAAGGACGCCAGCAGGGAGGGCAGCAAGGCCUGCAAGAGCCACAAGACGACCAAGGAGCACCGGGAGCGGCCGCGCAAGGACUCGGAGAGCAAGGGCCCCUCCAAGGAGCCGGAGCGCGAGCAGCCCAGGAGCACCAAGGACGCCGCGCGGAAGCUGGGCGAGGGCCGGCCGCCCAAGGAGGAGAAGGCCCCGCCGCCCAAGGCCGCGUUCAAGGAGCCCAAGAUGGCACUAAAGGAGACCAAACUGGAGAGCAUGUCCCCCAAGGGCGGGCCGCCCCCGCCGCCCCCCGCCAAGUCUUCCAGCAAGCGGCCGGCCGCCGCCGACUCGCCCAAGCCCAGCGCCAAAAAGCAGAAGAAGAGCAGCUCCAAGGGGUCGCGGAGCGCCCCCGGCACCUCGCCCCGCACCUCGUCUUCCUCCUUCUCGGACAGAAAGCCGGCCAAGGACAAGGGCAGCGCCAAAGGGGAGAAGGUCAAGGCCGAGAGCGAGCCCAGGGAGGUGAAGAAGCCCCCGGAGGUGGAGGAGUCCAACUCUGAGGACGAGGCCUCCUUCAAGACAGAGUCCGCCCAGUCGAGCCCGUCCAACUCCAGCUCCAGCUCUGACUCCAGUUCGGACUCGGACUUCGAGCCGUCUCAGAACCACAGUCAAGGGCCCCUGCGCUCCAUGGUGGAGGACCUGCAGUCCGAGGAGUCCGACGAGGACGACUCUUCGUCAGGCGAGGAGGCUGCCGGCAAGACGAACGCAGGACGGGACUCCAGGUUAAGCUUCAGUGACAGCGAGAGCGACAACAGUGCCGACUCCUGCCUGCCCAGCCGCGAGCCACCUCCCCCAAAGAAACCACCCCCACCCAACAGCAAGGCGUCUGGGCGGAGGAGCCCGGAGUCCGGCAGCAAGCCUGAGAAGAUCCUCAAGAGGGGCACCUACGACAAGGCCUACACGGACGAGCUGGUGGAGCUGCACCGGCGACUCAUGGCGCUGCGCGAGCGCAACGUGCUGCAGCAGAUCGUGAACCUGAUCGAGGAGACCGGCCACUUCAACGUCACCAACACCACCUUCGACUUUGACCUCUUCUCCCUGGACGAGACCACCGUGCGCAAGCUGCAGAGUUACCUGGAGGCGGUGGCCACAUGACCCUGGGCCGGGUGCUGGGCCCCCGUCACCGGGGUUCUGGGAGGCCACGUCCGGGCCCCGCCUGCCUUCCUCUCUCUCGACUCGCCCGCCCGCAGCACUGCCUUAGCGACCGCCCUGUCCUCGGCCCACACGGCCAGCUGCACUUUCCUCGACGGCUCCCGGCCGGCCCUCCCCACCACCUGGUCGGGAGCCCUAGGGCUGAGGGGGCCCGGGCCGGCACUGCUGCUCCCCGACACUCAGGGGCCGUCACCUGGGCCCCCCUUGGAAAGCGGCUUAUGUUGAAGGCAGCGCCAGGCCUCCCUCCCAAAGGGGAAGCCACGUGCCCGGUGGCGGGGGCCUCACCCGGCCUCAGGAUCCUGCUCCGUGGCGGGCAUGUGGCACAGUUCCACUGCCCAGGCCUCUCUGAGCAGCCGGGGUGCCACCUGCAGCCUCCCCAGAUGGUUUGGAACACACCCCCCGCUGCCCCAGGACACAGAGGGCUCCGGCUGUGUGUGUGCGGCCACGGGGCCAGGCUGGGCCUCGGCUCGUCCCCCGUGGAAGCCGGACGCGGGCCCUCUGCCGGCUCUCACUGUGCUGGGACUCCGUGCUGUAUAGUUGUCUCUCUAUUAUAUAUAUAUGUAUGCACUGUAGGUACAGAGCGGGGUCCGGGGUGCGUUUCCGUGGCAGCAGUGCACGUGGGGGGUGGGGGGUGCGUAAGGCGGGACUUGUAGGUUAAGAUGUCUCCUCUGGUGGUGUCGUCGGGCUGGAGGCCGAGCCGGGGCGCCAGCUGGCCCUCCGCGGGCUCGGGAGGAAGCCUCCCUCUGUGGUUCCAGGGGCGCCUCGUCCUCCGGUGAACACUACGUGGGGGCAGCAGGUCCUUGGCGCCGAGGGGCUCCGAGCUCCCGGGCUCCAGCCAGGCGCAGGCUGCGGCUCGCGUCCGCCCCGCGGUUCGGCCUCCUCCUCCCAUAGGAUCCUCUUCCUCCUUCCUGUUAAUCGAGUCUUCGAACUUUGAACAAAAUGAGCUUUUGCCAAAUAAGGUGGGAUCGUUGGUGGCGCUUUUUGAGGAGCGUCAGGACUGGGAGCCAGCUCGGGCGGCUGGCUGGGUCCUCCCGGGCCGCCCGCCCCUCCCCGCCCUGCAGUUCACGCCGGUCCAGAGCCCGGAGACUCGACUCCUCGCACGCCUGAAAUUCUCCAAGGGCCAGGCCGUUCCUCCUUCCAGGGCCCUCCUUCCAGGGCCCGAGUGCCCUCCCAGAGUCAGCCCCCUUGGUGGGGCCCCUGGGGGCCUGUUGCUCGGGGUCUGUUCCCCCAGUCCUCCACUCAAGGCUCCUCCAGUCGCCCCCACUUUUGCCCAAACAGGAUGUGGGGAGAAGGACUGGGGUCCGGAGGUGGGCUCGCCUUCUCUCCAGUCCCGUCAGCCCCUGCGCCCCCAGCUCCUGUGUUCUGACGUGGGGAGCGCCACGCUUCCCUCCCUGUGGUCCUUGGCUCUCGUGUCCCUGCUCCGAUCUGUCUGUCAGGCGGACCCUGAACGCUCCGGGGGGAGGCCUGCCUCCCAGGCUCCCCCGCACUCCAGCCUGCCUGGCGAGCUCCCCAGAACUCGGGGAGGCCUCAGAGCUCUCAGGAGGCCGCCGGCACUCCUCGCCGUCUGCUCUCAUUCUCUCCCAGCCCCACUGCCUUGAGGUAUUAGGAAGAGGGCAGGCCUGUGUGGCAGGCUCCGUGCUGUCACUGUCCCCUUCCCCAGGCAGGCCAACAAUACUCCAAAGUGGGCCCCCCUUCUUCUCUGGAAACUCUCUACGACAUUGGACGGAAGGAACGGGCCUGCGGUGGGCUGCUCGGAAGGCAGCAGCUCCCUGGCACUCUGUGCUCCCAAGGGCGCUGGCCUUUUUCCUUCACAAGGAUCUCCUGCGGAGGGCUGCGGUGACCCGGGCAGCCCCUGCUCCGGGGCCGGGCUCUCCCGUCUGGCCCUUCCUGCUGUCUCCAGGGCCUUCGGAAGCACCAACCCAUUUCUCAGUUACCUCCUCCGGCCGGAAGGCCCCAGCGCUGUCCUCCCUCGUAGCUGCCCUGGGCCCCCCACUGGCCCGUGACCACCUGAUGGACGUGCCGGGCAGCCAGGGCCCCGCUCGCAGCCGCCCCGGCUGCUCCUCCACGCCCCCCGGCUGCCCGGCAGCUGGGCCCCCGAGGGCUCUGCGGGCGCUUCCAUAGGAAGGGGCCGCACUCCGUGAGUCGGCGCUUAGUGUUCAGCCCCCUGCCCCAGUGCACGUCCCUGUGUUCUGCUGUCUUUGAGCAAAGUGUAAACCGACGCCCGAAAGAGGAGGUAUCGAAUACCUUCCUCGCCCACAGGGGUUUUUACGAAGAAUGUGUCUCACUAGGAACCAGGACACUCAUCGGCCCGAGACCAACUCCUGGAUAAAAGGAAUAAGGAGAAUCGUGUUUGUAAUAAGUUACAGGAUUGUUUCUGUCCUGGAUUUUAAACUUUUUGUUAAAUUGUGAAAUUAUGGAGGAGUUUUAUAGAAAAAAAAAGUGAAAUAAAGUCAGAUGGGAAAGCAGA